GUUUGGCUACUUCGCGUCGUCGAAAAGCGUGCGUCGUGUUCGUGGCUUUCUAUCGAUCGCUGGAAUCUCGGCCACUGGACUUGGAUGCGUGGGCUGUGAUUGUGCAUUGCUGCAAGAGGUUUGGGGUUUUGAUUUGUGGGGUUUGGAGAUAUGUCGUGGAAUGGAGUUGAUGGCGAAGGAAAGCUCCGGAUUUUGCAUAGAGAUGAUGAUGAGGUUGAAGUUGAUCCCGGGAAGCUUCCAUCUCUUACGUGGAAACGAAAACUAAGUGCUGAGGAGAAUGCUCUUGUGGAACUCGAGCUAAGUUUCAAAGAGAAAAUGAGUCUGGCACCUAUAGGUUAUAGGCUCUGGCGGUACCUCCAACAGGAAAAAUACGAAUGCGGGCAAGUAUUUAUGGAUCCAUUUACGAAGCGCCAUACAUCAUCUUGCCAUGGUGUUCCUGUUGGUGGCAUCGGCGCUGGAAGCAUCGGAAGAAGCUACAAAGGCGAGUUUUUACGUUGGCAGUUGUUUCCUAGGAUUUGUGAAAGUAAACCAGUCUUGGCAAACCAAUUUUCUGUAUUUGUUUCACGGCGUAGUGGUGAAAAAUAUUCCAGCGUGCUGUGCCCGAAGAGUCCAGAAAUUCGAAGUAGCGACAAUUCAGCUCCCGGAAUAGAAUCGUGGAAUUGGAAUCUGAGAGGGCAGAAGUCGACGUACCAUGCAUUGUAUCCGAGGGCUUGGACAGUGUAUGAAGGUGAGCCUGAUCCGGCUUUAAACAUUGUGUGUCGCCAAAUUUCCCCUGUCAUCCCCCACAACUAUAAGGAGAGCAGCUACCCUGUGGCAGUAUUCACGUAUACGUUGUCGAAUUUGGGAAAGACCGAAGCUGAUGUCACCGUGCUCUUCACCUGGGCUAACUCUGUUGGUGGCGAUUCUGGACUCACAGGACACCAUUACAAUUCGACAUUUAGGACAAAGGAUGAUGUGGAAGGAGUUCUGCUGCACCAUAGCACUGCAAAGGCACAGCCCUCAGUGACAUAUGCAAUCGCAGCACGAAAGAGUGAUGGAGUCCACGUCUCCGACUGUCCGUGUUUUGUGAUAUCUGGAAAUGCCCCGGGCAUCACAGCAAGAGACAUGUGGCGUGAGAUCGACGAGUACGGAUCAUUUGAUCGCCUAGACUGCCUAGAGACAUCAAAGCCUUCCGAGCCCGGUUCAGCAAUUGGCGCGGCAGUUGCAGCUUCUGUCACAGUUCCAGCUGAAAGUAAUCGAAGCAUUACGUUUUCGUUAGCUUGGGCUAACCCGCAAGUAAGCUUUCCUGGUGGAAGAACUUAUCGCAGACGUUACACCGAAUUCUACGGUACUCAAUGUGAUGCAGCCUCAAAUAUUGCUCGUGAUGCCAUUGUUGAGCAUCACCGUUGGGAAUCGGAGAUCGAAGCAUGGCAAAGACCUAUUCUGGAAGACAAGAGGCUUCCUGAAUGGUAUCCGAUCACUCUUUUCAACGAGCUUUACUAUCUCAACGCCGGGGGAACAAUCUGGACAGAUGGUUCGCUGCCGGUACACAGUCUGCUUACCGUCGGGAAAAGAAAGUUUUCUCUCGGAAAAUGCAAUUCAGAUGUUAGAGCCGAUGCAUCCAACCAAAACAAGACGGCGCUGAAUAUCCUCGACCGGAUGGCCUUGUUGGCACAGGAUUUUAACACUACUGUGUCGAUGACUUCUGCUUUGGGUACAAAUUUGCUUCAGAAAGGCGAGGAAAACAUUGGGCAGUUCCUCUACUUCGAAGGGAUCGAAUAUCAUAUGUGCAAUACGUACGAUGUUCAUUUCUACGCGUCGUUUGCGCUAACUAUGUUGUUUCCAGAGCUCGAACUCAGCGUGCAGAGAGACUUCGCGGCUGCGGUGAUGAUGCAUGAUCCUAUGAAGAGGAUGCUUUUAACGGACGGGACUAAUGUCCCGAGAAAGGCCCUUGGCGCAGUCCCUCACGACAUUGGAAUGAACGAUCCGUGGUUCGAAGUAAACUUCUAUAAUCUUCACAACACGGAUCGAUGGAAAGACUUGAAUUCGAAGUUCGUUCUCCAAGUUUACAGAGAUGUGGUCGCCACGGGCAAUAACGACUUCGCUCGAGCUGUGUGGCCAUCCGUCUACGUCACGUUGGCUUACAUGGAUCAGUUCGACAAGGACGGAGACGGCAUGAUAGAGAACGAAGGAUUCCCCGAUCAGACAUACGACACAUGGUCAGUUACCGGUACCAGCGCAUACUGCGGCGGCUUAUGGGUCGCCGCCUUGCAAGCUGCCUCAGCUCUCGCACGAGUAGUCGGGGAUAAGGGAUCGGAGGACUAUUUCUGGUUCCGGUUUCGGAAAGCGCAGGAAGUGUACGCCAAGCUAUGGAACGGUUCUUAUUUCAACUACGACGACAGCGGGAGCAGCAAUAGCUCGUCGAUUCAGGCCGAUCAAUUGGCGGGACAAUGGUAUGCUCGAGCUUGCGGCCUUCAACCCAUUGUCGAUGAAGAGAAGGCGCGGAAAGCACUCGACAAGAUCUACAAUUUCAACGUGAUGAGAGUGAAAGACGGGAGGGUGGGAGCGUCGAACGGGAUGCUGCCGGACGGGAAGCCGGAUACGUGCACGCUACAGUCGCGGGAAAUCUGGAGCGGAGUUACGUACGGAGUUGCUGCGUGCAUGAUUCACGAGAACAUGAUCGACACGGCGUUUGGAACCGCGGUCGGCGCGUACGAAGUGGCUUGGUCCGACACGGGUAAAGGAUACGCCUUCCAGACGCCCGAGGGGUGGAACUUUGAAGGGGAGUAUCGAUCACUCGGGUACAUGCGACCUCUAGCGAUUUGGGCGAUGCAAUGGGCGCUCGCGCCGCGGUUUAACAUUGUUCCAAGACAUGAAAUGAAAGGCGAGGUGAAGGAAGAAACGGUGGCGGCUGAACACGCCGGCUUCGCGGAAGUGGCUCGGCUACUAAAGCUUCCGAAUGAGGGCGACUCUCGGAGCCUUUUACAAGUUGUGUUCGACUGUACGUGUAAAAGAAUGAUUUGACUAGAGCACGUCCGCUCGAAGCCUUUUUACAAGUUUUUUUUUUUUUUUUAUAUGAUCUUGAGAAUUCGAAACUGUUAUUCGAAAGUACCCAUCGGUAAAUCUUUGGUCUGACAGACAAAUUACACGAGGCAAAUUAUGUGUGACAGAUAUUCUGGAGGAUGACGCAAAAGACAGUCGACCCAAGAUGAAAAAGCCCUUGUCUAGGGCUUAAGAUUAAAAAAAAGUUUAAAAUAUAUAAAUAUGUAUACUAUAUUUAUAUAUAAUGAGU